UCCUACCUUAAUUUUCCGUGUUCUUUUCUAGUCCUUGAGCGUGUUCUAACUUCUACGAUCGUUUUCAAAGUUCAUCAAUUUUAGUAAUACCGAUUUUGUGAUCUCCAAAAUGGCUUCUCGCCUAUUAACCGUACAAGCGCCAUUGAAAGUUUUGUCGUACAAAUCUGGAGUCGUUCAAGUGUCCAAGUGUUGGCGUUCUACGGCCGCAUCAUGCGCCGCUCAAGUCAGCUUUCCUGAAACCAAAGUUACUACACUCGAGAAUGGAAUGCGGAUAGCUACUGAGGAUAACGGGUCUCUGACCGCUACUGUGGGUUUGUGGAUUGACGCGGGUUCUAGAUGGGAAACGCCAAAGAACAAUGGUGUUGCACAUUUUGUGGAACAUAUGAUAUUUAAGGGAACUCCAUCAAGGUCACAACUUGAUUUAGAGUUGGAAAUUGAAAAUAUUGGCGCUCAUUUGAAUGCAUAUACGUCCAGGGAACAAACUGUAUUCUAUGCAAAGUCCUUGAAAGGUGAUGUGCCAAAGGCUGUUGAAAUUCUGGCUGAUAUUAUUCAAAAUUCCGAACUUGGAGAAAAAGAAAUUGAAAGAGAGCGUGGAGUAAUCCUUAGAGAAAUGCAGGAAGUUGAAACUAAUUUGCAAGAGGUUGUAUUCGAUUAUUUACACGCUACUGCUUACCAAGGUACACCAUUAGGUCAAACAAUAUUGGGACCAACCGAAAAUAUCAAUUCACUUAAGCGAAAGGAUCUCAAAGAGUAUGUAGAUAUAUUCUACAGGCCUUCUCGUCUUGUUUUGGCUGGAGCUGGAGGCGUUAAUCAUGAUGAAAUGGUUGAACUUGCCAAGAAACUGUUUAAGAACCCAACUGACAUGAAAUUUGAAGCCGAAGUCCCACAUUAUGAACAUUGCAGAUUUACUGGCUCGGAAAUUAAGGCUCGAGAUGAUUCCUUACCUCUAGCACAUAUUGCUAUUGCUGUUGAAAGCUGUGGCUGGGCUGAUGCUGAUAACAUACCAUUGAUGGUAGCCAACACUUUAAUAGGAUCUUGGGACCGUUCUCAAGGUGGUGGUAACAAUAAUGCUAACCGUUUGGCUCGCGUAGCUGAUACUGAAAACUUAGUACACUCCUUCCAGUCAUUUAACACUUGUUACAAAGACACUGGUUUAUGGGGAGCCUACUUUGUUUGUGAUAAAAUGAAAAUCUUGGAGUUCACAUAUCAUUUGCAAGAAGAAUGGAUGAGGCUCUGUGCUUCAGUUACUGAAGCUGAAGUUGAACGCGCAAAGAAUGUUUUGAAGACAAAUAUGUUUUUGCAGUUGGACACAACAACUCAAGUGUGUGAAGAUAUUGGCAGACAAAUGUUAUGUUACAAUAGACGUAUUCCUCCCCAUGAAUUGGAAGCUCGUAUAAAUGAUGUAUCUGCCAAGGACAUUCACAAUAUUGCCAUGAAGUAUUUGUUUGACAGGUGUCCUGCUGUUGCUGCAGUUGGUCCAGUUGAACAAUUAUUAGACUACAACAGAUUGAGAGCUGCUAUGCGUUGGGUAGUUUUGUAAUUUCUAACUACUAAAUGUUUUAUUUAUAUUUGUAAAAUUUGUCAUUUUGUUUCUACACUUAUGUUAAAAAGUUCAAAAAUUCUUGCUUAUUUAAUAUAAGAAUAUUUUAAAAUUCAA